AUGCUUUCGCUGGGGUCGUACAUGUACCUCAUUGUCUCUUCCACCGCUGCCAUCAAGACCAGCGUCCGCCAGUUUCUUUUCACCGUGGCUAUCCGGGUUAACGAGACCUUUGACAUUCUGGCUGACAAUUUGGCUGGUGGUGAUUACGACUCAACUCAAAUAGCUCCUGCUUCUUAUUCUCCCAUGCAGGGCGACACUAUCACUUUCUUGCUCAUGGGCAUCACCUGUCACUACGAGUAUCUGAACGCCGAGCAGAUCCACCUCAAUGCCGUCAACAGCAAUGAUACUGUUAUUGUUUUUGGUCAGGGUGCUCAGCAUGGUAUUUACACCUGUACUGACUGCGAGUCCUACCCCGGUGAGUUUGGUGACACCGUGAGGACUUGCUUCGAUUAUGUCACCGAGUGGCUGGGCAAGAGUGGUCGCUUCUUGUAA